GAUCGGAGCCCAUACUUUAAUUUGUCCAUAACUCCACUCCCAAGUCCCAUCCAUUAUUACACGACAACUUUAAAUAUAACCUCCAUCUUCAUCGUACCUCCGAUCCAUUUCAGUUCUUAGCUAGAAAGAUGUCCUCCCAAGAACUGGAAACCACAAACAGCACAUACUACCUCAUCAACGUAUUCACCUCCCAUCAUUUCCGCCACCACGGCCUUCUCCUCUUAAAUCUCCUCCACUGCUUCCUCAUCUUCCUCCUCGCCUUUUUUUUUUAUAUUAUGACUCUGUUACAAUGCAUUAUCUGUUCAUAGUUACUUUCUCAACCUACUGAAGCACAAAGAGUCAACGGUUGUCUCCUCAGUUCGAAUCAACUCCCUUCAUCCAUGUGGGAGUGUAAACCAGGAUCGGGUGCCACUAGACCACAAGUUCUUUGGCUCCUCCUCGCCUUAUUCUUCGUCUACUUCCUCUACAAGUUCACCGGCGGCGGCGCCAACUUUCCGGCUAAAGGGCUCGACGUGGAAUCGAUUCAGAAGCUGCCGGCCGUGGCGUAUGCUUCUCUGGGCGUUAAGGAUAUGAGCGAAUGUUCCAUCUGUUUGGGGCUGUUUGAAGAGGUGGAGAUUGUUAAGGUGAUGCCGGAGUGCUGCCAUGUCUUCCAUGGCGAGUGCAUUGACACGUGGCUUUCGACUCGUCCUAGCUGUCCUCUCUGUCGGGCGUCUCUCCACUCCGUCAGUGCAUGAAGGGAUAGAAGUUUCUUUUUUAAGCGAAAUAUUUUUUUUCUAGUACUACGGACUCUGUUAUAAAAUAUAUGUUUUUUUGACAGAAUUAAGAAUGUCGUUCGGAGCGAUUGAGGUAGUGUUGGGCUACGGCCCAGACAGUAUUAUUGGGCCUGGCGGACUGGUUUUUGGGCUCCAACAGUGCCGAGGAGAAUUAGUACGUAUUGGGGUUUAGGGCUUUCUGAACUACUACUUUGUUAAAAAUAAAAAUAAAUUGUUACUAUAAUUGCGAUUGGUUGAUUCAACCACGUGAUAAUGUUAAUAAAUAAUCAAAUAAAUUGCAUUUGAACUUA